CAGCAGCCAUUCCCACUGCCUGCAGCCCCACAGCCAGGAGCGUGCACUUCUCUCCUGCUGGGAUGCCGGGAGGCUGGCCUCAACAGGGCUGCCCCUCGCCCCAAGUGUCUGGCAGCCCCACCAGCCCCCCGGGUUUUGUGCCAGGUGGUGCCUCUGGGGACCCCACCAGGAAGUGACACUUUCCAUUUUGCAUCACACCCGUCUGCGAGGCUGGGCUGGGAAAGGGCUGUCGCUGCCCCUGUGGGCUGCAGAGCAGGAGACCAAGGAAGGCAUGGAAGAGGGUGUCAUGUAUGCCGACCUGCGCUUUCCCCCCACACCAGCUCCUCAGCAGCCAGUGCGCCUGCCCUGGCUCUGGGCAGCCCUCAGCCUGGGUCUCCUCUCCCUGGCGCUCCUACUGGCACAAAUCAUCCUUGUCAGCCUGAGUUUCCACUAUCUAGUGCAACAACAAACAAGCUGCACAGAUGGCCUCUGGAAAAUAGAGGAGAGCCCCAGCUAUGGGAGACAGACACAGGAAGGGCAAUGCCAGUUUUGCCCGGUCGGCUGGCUCUGGGACGCGGGGCAGUGCUACUACUUCUCCUCUGCCAAAAAGAACUGGGAGCAGAGCAGAGAGGACUGCUGCUCCAGAGGGGCACAGCUGGUCACCAUCCAAGCCAACACCACCCUGGCUUUCCUGGUGCGCACAGCUAACAUGGAUGCCUUUCACGUGGGGCUGAAGCAGGACGGCUUUAGGUCUGAGUGGAAGUGGCUGGACGGCACCACACUGGAAUGGACCUUCCCAGUCCAGCGCUACACCAGAUCUUUCCAGGCCUGUGGCAGGGUGUCAGGCUUGGGACUUUUCGGUGGUGCCUGCACAGAAGCCCUCAGAUGGGUCUGCAAGCAGAGUGCAGCCACCGUGCAGUGGCUCCAGUCCUCGUCUCCUGCCUUCCUCUGGGGAAACACCACCUACAGCUGUGUGAGGCCCUGAUGGCCAUGGUGACACCCAGCCUGUGCCACCACCCUGUUCCCUGCCUGGCCCCAGUGCAUGGGCAUUCCCAGGCUCCGCUGCCUCCUGGCCCUCUUUACCCUCCAGAACUCUGCACUUUGCCAAUAAAUUUUGACAGUAACUGCA